UGAACGAAGUCGAGGAUGCCCCCCCUGUACGGGAGUCUGACUAGUCAAUCUAUGAAAUGUGAGAAAUUCAUUCCACCCUUGGAAGAAGAAUCCACACUUGUGCUGAGAAAGAACCUUGAGUCUGUUCUUCCAAGAUUCCUCGAGGGACUAAACCGUUAUUCUGCAACUUUCAAAUUUAACCUGAGAGGAAGCCCGGGGUGGUUUCAGUCAUUUGUCUCUAAUACAAGGUCAAAUUUUACCGUAGCGUCAAUCAAGUUGCCUCAAAAUCUACACAAGAGCAAGAAGUGGAUGGGAUUUGCAAUAUACGCAUCACUUGUAGAGGAAGUGGGGGAGACAAUGAAAGAGGACAACUAUUGGGUAUAUGUUACACUAACAACUGGGGAUAAAUCUCAUAAGAGGAUAUCCCGAGAACUUAAGCACGUCAGGCCAUUGUCAGAAGAACAGCAUCAACUAUUGGUUAUUUACAUACCGUCGGCACAGAUUCCCGAAGCGUUGUUCACUCAGACAUUAACAAAUGCAAUGGACUUUUACAUAGAUAUCAGUGAUAGCCCUCAUGUAAAGGUUCAAAGAUGUGGGUUCCGUAUUGUGUACCAGGAAGAUAUGCAAGGGUUUGCUGAAACAAUUAUCCGGUGCAUGCAAAAGGAAGAUUCUCUUGAAUUUCAUGAUAAGUUGGUGAUAGAAGAAUGGAUAAAGUUGAUACGAUUGCAAGUUCCCCAUAUAGAGGGAAUGAAAGAACGGGAUUCCAGAACCCCACGGAAACAGUACUUUGAAUUGCACUCACGAAAAUAUAGAAAUUGGGUCUCUCUCUCUCUCUCUCUCUCUCUCGCACAUAUACAUAAUUUUUACUACUACUACUACUACUAG